UGCCAUGAUUGCAAGUACUUGACAAAUGGUGCAGUAGGCAAAGGGAUCCGCAUCACCGGCUGAAUCUCACUGUGCUCUCUUUCCUCCUUUGGCUCGGACCUUUAAUCAGGAUGAAGUGUGUUAUGAUGUUCCUCGUGCUGGGGCUGGUCGUCCUCAUGGCCGACCCCGGGGAGUGUCUCUUCCGCCGUCUGAAAGCCAUGUGGAGGGGCGCCAAACAAGGAUGGAGAGAGCAUAGACGCAUGCGGGACAUGGAGAAGAUGAAUCGAAGGUAUGGACCCAGCUGGCAGAACGGCGGAGGAAACCCCGACCAAGCGGAGGAAAGUGAACCUUAUCGGCGCUGAAGUGACACAAAAACACCGCUUUAUGGCUGCGGGGGGGGGGGGGGCUUUGCCCUUUAGAUUCUAUAGUUCUGUGCUUUGCAAUGCAGGCAACAAAUGGAGAAGCAACCGCUCAUCUGAGAUGAUAUCUGCUUGAUGAAGCCGAGGUAUAUUUGGUUUUUAAACGUGUGUAAUGGCUCGCUAUGGAACAGUGUCCUUAUUAAUAAAGCAAAAAGCAAAGACUCCAACUCA